GGCGGGGCGGUCCGCAGAGGAAGUGGGGCUACCAGGCCGUGUUAGCUCAGGGCGUCUGGACUGACCGGUUCCACCAUGUCUAAGGUUUCCUUUAAGAUCACGCUGACGUCGGACCCGCGGCUACCUUAUAAAGUGCUCAGUGUUCCUGAAAGCACACCUUUCACAGCAGUCUUAAAGUUUGCAGCAGAAGAAUUUAAAGUUCCAGCAGCAACAAGUGCAAUAAUAACCAAUGAUGGAAUAGGAAUAAAUCCUGCACAAACUGCUGGAAAUGUUUUCCUAAAGCAUGGUUCAGAGCUGAGAAUCAUUCCCAGAGAUCGUGUUGGAAGUUGUUAAUAUAUGCUACUUGGAAUAUGCAAUUGCCUUUCAGAAUAAAUACGGAUAUUGUUCUAAAAUCAAAACCAGACAUUUGAAUACUGUGGAAACACCAAUAGUUGAUGAAAUGGUGAAAGGUGACUCUCCCUUCUGGCUCGCUCUCUUCACAUGAAGAGAGAAUGAGUUCUUUUGACUUGAGGGUACCAUUGCCAUAGAAGAUCAGUCUUUCUUUGCUACCUCACAACAUACACAGGUAGUUCAUUUGGGAUAAAUGAAUUAUCCGCUGUGUUUUAUAAUUGUAGAAUGCUUCUGAUAAUUAUUUUGGAGAACAUUUUAAAAAGUAAAGGGACUGGAAUGUUUGUUAGAAAAUAUAAAGAAUUAUGUAUCCUACAUGGCAGUUUGAUGUAUUGUUUGUUGACUAACAAGAAGUUGAAUUCUUAAUUAUGUACAUUUUCUAAUUAAAAUAUUAUUAGAUAUAAAGGGUACUUGACCAUUUAAAGUUUUUUUUUUAUCAUUAGGCUUCAAAUUUCAGGCAUUCAUCUAAUUUUUGAUUCAGUAUAAAAAGUCAGCAACUACAUUUUUGAGCUAGCAUUGUAAAAUCGAUAACCACAGAAAAUGAUGCUAACUAUGAACUGCAGUAAUUGUUAUGGUGAGAAUUGAAAGUAAAGCAGAAGUAUCCUUUGCUGAAUUAUGAGUCCCCUGGUCAGUCUUCUUUAAUCUCAAUCUGGAAAAGAGGAAUUCUCAAAGAAAAAUUGUCUUUUUGAGGAUAUUAUUUCUAAAUAGUGUUCAGAUAAAGACUGGUGUUGGCGGGGAAGGGGCUGAAUUUCACAAUAAAGCUUAAGGAAAUGCUAAUUAACUGAUUAAUGAAGACUCAACAGUUACUAUUAAAGAGUAGUUAUAGAACCGAAGUGAUAGUGCAGUGGGUAGGGCACUUGCUUUGCAUGCUGCUGACCUGCGUUUAAUCCAUCUCAUCCCAUAUGCUCACCUGAACACGGAGCCAAUUGUAACCCCUGAGCACUACUGGGUGUGAUCCCAAGACAAAAUUUUUAAAAAGGAGUGAUUAAAAUAUUGUAUUAGAAAUACAGGACUGGGUUGAUGGAGAACAAGAAAGAAAUGGAAAAGUUAAGAACUAAGUUACAGCAGAAUGUCACAGUAAAAGUAAAGGCCAAUACCGCACAUAAAAUUGGAGAGGGUUUUUGGGAAUACAGUAUUUAACGUAGAUAUACAGAGCAGAAGAUUAUUGGUGAAAACCAAAGUUCUAGGUAUUUUAAACAUAGAUGUCACAGUGAUUCAGAACCAGUGCACACCUUGCUUCAUGACUCUAGGCAGACCUAUGUUGGUCUUGAUCUUUCUAGAUCUAAAGAAUAAGAACUUUUCAAUAUCUAGUAUCUAAUACCUAUUAUGGAUUAUUUGUGAAUAAAGUAUCUUUUGUAAUAGUAUGUACCCAAGUGUGCUGCGAUAGCUUCCCUAUCAAAAGUCCUAGGUAUUGAUAAAAAUUGGCAGGACAUGGGUGAAAGAGGGAAAAUAAAUAGAGUCAAUAUCUGAAGGUGACAUUGGUAGUUAUGUUUAACAAAUUAAUCAGGGGGCUGGAAUGGUAGUACAGUGGGUAGGGCAUUUGCCUUAAAUACAGUUAACCCGAGUUCGAUCCCCAACAUGCCAUAUGGUCCUCCAAGCACCGCCAGAAAUCAUUCCUGAGUGCAGAGCUAGGAGUAACCCAUGAGCAUCGCAGGGUAUGAUGCAAAAAGCCAAAAAAAAAAGAAAAAGAAAUGAACUGGAUGUACUUAAGUUUGACAGGAAACAGCUGGAUUCUGAAUUGAAAAGGAAAAAUAAUGGUUGAGAUAGGAAAAUACACUAUUGAUGUAUAGAGGAAAUUAUAUUUUUGUGCACAAUUUUAUGUUCAAAUUCCUGGUCCUUAACAAUAUUAAGUUUCAUCCAAAAUUUAUAAAUACUUAUUCCCUGAAAUUCUUAUUUAGGCACUCUCAUAAGCUCUGUUUCAUUUCAAAAAAGUUCAUCUUGUCCUAUAUCAUGUAGUUUGUAUAAUUUUUUUUUAGUGUUUGAAAAAUGUUUUGUAUUUCUCAAAAACAGUUCUUAACCCAGAUGUUUUGUUUUUAAAUGUAAUCUGUACAUUCUUUGUGCAGAAUGUUUUGAAGUAUUGAAAUGUGUGACUGAGCAGAUAGUUAACAUCUUAUGAAAAUACAUUUUCUUAUGCAAUAAUGUUAUGUUUCCUUUUUUUUAUUGGCGUUAUUUGCACACUCGAGUCAAUGUUCAACAAAUGUAGUACAAAAAUGAAAAGGGGAAUGCAAAGAUGAUGAAUGAUUGUGGGUGACCAUAGAAAUGAGGUAAUAUAUUUUCAAAUGCCAGUUCAUAUUACAAAAAUAUAAAGGUUGUAUCAAUUGGACAGAUUAAUAUUUUCUGAACCUGGGUAACUAUCAGUAUAACUUAGGGAAAUAAAAACACAUUUGUAGAAACCACCCUUACAGUAUGUCUCAUUAAGUCUAUAACAGUAUAUGUCAUCUCUGUU